UACGACGCCGUGCAAUGUAACGUAGACAACCGCCUCAACGACUGUUGAUUGCCUUAGGUGAGGUUGAUCAUCGUGAUCUGGCAAUUCUUGAAGUCUUCCCGGGUUGUUAUUCCUCACCUUCUCCUGAGGUAUCGCUGGGCGACCUCUGAUCUACGGCAAUCGAUAUGUCUUCACACCCACCUACCGACAUCUCCCGCACCAACUCCACGGCGCUCACCACUCAAAGCAACCAAUCUACCCUCACCGCCCCAAAACCUCGCAUAAUAACCCUUUCCUCCGGUGAGAUCAUCCCCCUUCCCCCGAAACUCGCCCGGCCACCUGUCCCUCUCGAAGAAGAUGAAUACACCGAAGCCCUCUCCACAAUCAUCAAACGGGACUUCUUCCCCGACAUCGACAAGUUUAAAGCUCAACAUGAACUUAUGGAUGCUAUGGAAUCAAAAGAUAGGGGGUGGAUUGAGGGUGCGGAGAAGAGAGUUUUGGCUAUGGAGGCUGGGAGGGCGGCGACGCCGAGGGGAAAGAGAGCGAGGGUUGAUACGCCUGGUGCUACGCCAAUGACCGUAAUAGGAGGACAGGAGGAAGAGAAACCUGCAGCGUACGAUACUUCAGUAUCACUCGACAAAUUCCAGCAAAAAUAUACAUCAGAAGACAACGCCGACUUCGCCGACCUCGUCGACCGCGAAAACGUAACCCGCCGCAUCGCCCACUCCUGGGCCUUCACCGGCCGGAACAAACUCAUUACCGCGGGGCAAGCUGCACAAAACGCCGAACGCAAAGCCAUCGAAGCAAAUAUCGACAGCGUCGACGUCGGGACACUAAAAGCAAUCGGUUGGAACGAAGGCGGGAAACCCAUCGAGACGUGGAAGAAUGAACAACCGCUCAGUACGCUGAUGUACCCACCAUCAACCUCCCACCCCAAACCAGAAACUGGCGUCCAAGCCCGUGCGGCACCAAAAGUAAUAUCCCAUGCUGCGACGCGACUCCCCGAAUCCUCCACUGAGGACACUCUAUCAGCAUCAGUGGUCCCAUCACCCUCGUACUCCACUGUCGGCCGCGCAAUUCGGGGAGAACACGUCGAUACCCCAAAAGUCAACGGCUGGGGCUUCGUUGAUGCCUAUACACCAACACCCGGUCCCCCCUCACGCGCUCAGACGCCUAUGGCGGGUCCAACACCCGGGACGUUCAAAAUACCACCAACACCCCGGCGUGACGGACUCGCUCACGCACUCGCAGACAAACACUCCAAACGAAAAGCCGUUCCAGGACGUGGAGAUUCCCUGGCGAGAGUGAUGAAACAGGUUCCGAAGUUUAAGAGUGGGCCAGAUAUGAGACAGGCGAUGUUGAGUCCGGCUGGGCAGAGACUGUUGGGGGUCACGAAGACUGUGAGGCCUGGCAGUACUCUGAGGGAUUCGUUGAGGACGCCCAGAGGGUCUGAAAAUGGGAGUGGAAUGGGUGGUAGGCCAAGGUGGGAGGCGACGCCGAGGAUGGACGAUGUGCAGAAAGGGAAGUGAGAUAGGUGGGUUUUAUGUUGGAUUGGAUUGUUUUUGGCGUUUAUUGAUACUUUGAGUUAAGCAAGACAUAUACCAACGAAAUAAAUGGAUGAUUUUGAGAAACCU